UCCAACUGAUAAUGAAUAUCACUGAUGUGUUUGUUUUAAAAGCAAAAACUUGUGCUGUUACACCACGCCUCUCACGCACCACUACGUAUGAAUAUUCGUUCGAAUCCAAGAGAGUUUUCAUGCGAUUACGAUGGGGUACGUGAGCGUGGUGGAAAUGGUAGCAAGAUGGCGGCGUUGAAGGAGGAGCAGUGUUACGGGCUGUCCUGUGGAAGAGUGAGCAAUGGCAGCAAUAUCUCCGUCUUUCACGUCAAACUCACUGACAGCGCAUUGAGAGCCUUUGAAGAAUUUCAGAACAGCAAGGCCCAGUCAUCUCAGCCACGCAUCCGGUUUAAUGGAAACCAAGGGAAAAUCUCUAUCCCUUCUUCGGACAGUCCCAGCGAUCUGCGAACGUUCACGUUUUACUUGUCCAACGUGGGCCGGGACAACCCUCAGGGCAGCUUUGACUGCAUCCAGCAGUACACUACCGGAGAUGGCAGUGUGGAGCUGGACUGCCUGGGCGGCAUCCAGGACAAGAUCACGGUGUGCGCCACAGACGACUCUUACCAGAAGGCCAGGCAGAGCAUGGCCCAGGUUGAGGAGGAGACGCGCAGCAGAGGUGCCAUUGUCAUCAAGCCCGGCGGCCGAUACGUGGGGAAGCGCGUGCAGCGACGCGGGCCAGUCACUGGCCUGACGGACAUUGCGCCGUCGCGGCGCACCUCGAGGCCCGUCAUCAUCUCGUCGAGCGCGCCGAGGAAGGGUGGGGGUGGCGGGGCGCAGCUGCGGCCCCUGCGAGAGCGGCUGACGCACCUGCUGGCGCUCAAGCCCUACCGCAAGCCCGAGCUCAUCCUACGCCUGCAGAAGGACGGCCUCACGCAGCAGGACAAGGACUCCCUGGACAGCCUCCUGCAACAGGUGGCUAACCUGAACGGGAAAGACAACACCUUCACGCUGAAGGACUGCCUGUUCAAGGAGAUCCAGAAGGACUGGCCAGGCUACGCUGAGGUGGACCAGCAGAUCCUGAAGCGGAUCCUUGUACGGAAACUGUGCAAGGCUCCUAGCAAGACCCCAGCCCCAGCCGAGGUGCCUGCAAGUCCCCCCAAGGAGCCAGCCAGCAGCUCGCCUUCUCAGAAACGGCCAGCUACAGAGUUCAUUGACCCUCUGGCCAACAAGAAGCCUCGGAUAUCUCAUCUGGUCAGCAAGCCUGCUGCACCAAUCAACGGCAAGCUGAGCUCCUCCAAUGGCAAGGAGGCAUCCUCGUCUGGGACGUCACUCCUGACCCCCCUGUCUGCCUCGUCGUCGUCGGUCGAGAGCGGCGCCUCAAGCUCGGCCCUGCUGCCGGCGCCGCUGCUGGACCUGCCGCGGCUGGACCUGCCGCGUCCCUUCGACCCUCUCUCGGACGUCAGUAACGACUCCAACCACAACGGCCGCGACAGCGAUAGCCGGGACACUAUGGCGGUGGCCGAGAGGCUGUCCCAGCCGGCCCCGCACCCCGCCUCCUCUGGACCAGCCUCCAGCCUGCAUCCCACCCCCGUGCCCCAGACCCUCUCGCCAUGCCCAGACCCCGCGCACGCCCACCCUAAGCCACCCUCGCCCACCCCACACGGCAAGACCAAGAAGAAGUCCAAGAAGCACAAGGACAAAGAGAAGUCGAAAGAUAGGGAACGGGAGAAGGAGAAGGACAGGGAGAGCCGCAGGGAGAGGAGAGGAGGGGAGGAACGUGUGGCUGACCAGAGGAAAGCCUGCGAGAUCUCCUCCAGUCCGGACGGCAUGAAGGCCAACAGCGGUCCACACAAGAGCACAGAUCUCAAUGGAACGUGUGACAGCUCCAGUGCCCCUACGCCACCAGAGGUGGCCGACUAUUUAUUGAAGUACACUGUGAUUGCCUCCCCGGAGCAGCGGCAGAGCUACAAGAAUGACUUUAACUCGGAGUACAGCGAGUACCGGGGGUUGCACGCGCGCAUCGAGGGCAUCACGCGCCAGUUCACCAUACUGGACGCAGAGCUCAAGCAGCUGCCACAGGGCACAGACAAAUACAAGCUAAUCCACAAUCAGAUACUUGAAGAGUAUCGCAAAAUUAAAAAGACUAACCCGCACUACAGUCAGGAGAAGAACCGCUGUGAGUACCUGCACAAUAAGCUGGCUCACAUCAAGAGACUGAUAGCAGAGUACGACCAGCAGCAGCUACAGAGCUGGCACUAGUGUCUCUGCGCGCCGCGUGCCCCCUCUGGUAACCAGGCGGGGGGUACAGGCGGCCACAAGGACUGGCUGGCUGGUGUCUAUGGCCCGGCCCGCGCCACAAACACGCUCUAAUGUGCCACGCCACGGAGGGAUGGGCCCACCACCCCGACAGUUUCCUCCCAUUUCUCCCCUGACCCUCACCUGAUCUCCCCAGACAGGGUCCCUCUGUGCCCCACACCCAACCCCUCUCUCUCUCUCUCUCUCCCUCUCUCUCCCUCCCUCUCUCCAUGUCAUUUCAUUCUCCUCAGUUGAUCCGACUCUUGGGAGAAAGCCUCGAGUCCCUCCUCAGCCCAUUCCCCAUCCCUCCUAGCACACACACAGGCGUCUCUAGAGAGUGCCUGUGGAAAAUCCACCUCUCUCCGAGGACCCCCUGCAUCAGCCCUCACUCCCCCUCCCCCCUUUCCCCCUCGCUGCUGACACUGAGCUCGGGCUGGGCAGAAUUUGCUUCCCGAAGUGCUAAUAGUUUAUAUAUAAAAAAAAAGUACAAGACAAAAUUUUAAAUGGAUUAUUAUUUUCCCUUUGUUUGGAAAUGGAAAGCUCCUAUGAUAUUUUAUUAUUUUUUUUUUAUUUAUUCUGUAAUUUUUUUUCCUUCCGGACUUCCAAGGGGAUCUUGAGUUGAUUUAUGUACACUCCGCAGUAUGGGCACCAGAGUCUCGCCUCUGGGGAACCCCCUUUCCUUUUGCUUUCAAUCCUCUCCCUCUUGACUAUCAGUAUUUUAUGCAAAAGCUGCCUUGGCUAUCAAAUUGUCCCAGCUGUUGCCAUUCAUGACAUUAAGUCCAACCCUCUACUUUACUACAUGAGCAGUAUACAUUCAGCCAGUCAACACAAAGGACUAGGUCAGAUUCUUACUGUUGCACACAUGCAUGGAGCAGGCCGGUAAGGCUUUAUUGGCUGCUGCUGAAGGCCAUAGCAGUGUUUCCGUUCUAUCAAUUACCUUGUGAAACGAAGCAAACGAUGUCUUCUGACUGAAAGCAUCAAUGGUGCUACCAAGUCAUCUUUCCCAGUGUCAACAGCCACUACUAACCCCGACCUGUGCUCAGAUGCACAUUUCACCCUCCACACAUUUCAUUCAAAGCCAACCUACCACUAGUUUGAGUUCUGUUGUUUGACAGGCAUUACAUUUGGAUGAAGGCUUUAAAACAUUAAAAAAAAGAAUCUCAAACUCUACAAAAAAAGUAUUUCCCGUCUGUGAGCGCCAAGUGUUUUAACAUUUCUCUCUGGUCAGCUGCCAUCCAUUCCAGGCCUUCUGUUUGGCAAAGGCUUUCUUUAAUGAAACAAGUCCCCACACAGUGGGGCUGUGACUUCACUAACGUAUGUUUACACACCUACUGACUGGCUGAAUGUCAUCCACACAGAUUACACGCGCGCACACACACCUUCACACUCAACCAACUUCCAUGCCCCCCCAAAACCUGGAAGAGACUGUUAUUUUAAAAAGAAGAAAAGAAAAGAGCUUCAAGCUUCUUCCAUGAAGAGUGGAUUGUAUGUUUUCUUGAUCUGGUGAGGAUACAGAGCCUGGAGUCUUUGAUCUCCCAUCAGCCAGGGAGGACCUCCACUCCGCCUCCCCUUCUCAGACUCUCACUGCCCUGGGCUAGUCCGGCAGAAGGACCCAUUGUAUUUCUGAUAUUGAUCUCUUUAUGUUGAUAUUAAAACUCAGCACUUUCUUGCGUUCCGCCUCUUGCUGUUACUCUGACCUGGGUUGUUCUGAGGGAGAGUGUUUUUUGCCUUGUCCCUGCGGAAAUGCAUGCUUUCUUAGUGAAUGUGUUUUAAGUACAGUCAGACCAGUAUUUGCAUCUCAAUUUUUAAACUGCUGUUCAAAGGCAUUCAAAUCCAAACAAAGGCCUACAUGCACACCAACCCCUAUUUUCAUCACCAACCUUCAGGAGGGAAUUCUCAUGUACUACAAAAAACUUUUAUGCCAGUCCUUAACCUUUAAUGAACACACUGGGUUGAAAUGUUCACAGCUGAACAUCGUGGUGCUUGUACCUGCUGCUAUUGAGGCAGUCAGACUGAACUGUAAAUUUACACAUUUAACACACGGCUGAUGUGUGUGGAAGAGACGUGUUUACAGCCGUAUCUGACCUGUGUGAUUGAAACGCUAUGAGUGUUUCUCUUAUCAAAGAGAACCACCACUGGCAUUCUUCCCCUACAAUAGCAGAGGCCACAUCUGUGAUUUCAAAUGAUCUCUGUUUAUGGGGAUGAUAGUUACUGGGGUUUUGUUUGGAUUUGGAGAUACCCGUGUUGUUUUGUUUUUGUUUUUGACUAUGAGUUGCAAGUACACAACACCACAUGGGUUGAAUGUGCCAGAUGAGCUGCAGUUGCAGAUAGUACAGGAGGACGUGCUGUGGCCAAUUCAGCAUUAUAGAGGGUCCCACUACUCGAGCUGGAAGUACCAAAGCACGCUUUCUGAAACAAUAAGGGACUGGGACUGAAAUUUCUCUUGACAUUUGAAUAAAAACCCUGGAAAAUCAA